AAAACCCUUCGACCAAAAAGAUUAACGGGUACAGUAAAACCCCAGCCCUCUUCUUUUUCUUAUUCGGUUUCUGCAACUUCACCGAUUUUCCACAACUCUCUCUGAGCUUCAAUGGCUCAAGGUCAAGGACGGCUGAACAGCUCUACCAAAAGCCCGAAAGGAAACUUGUCCGAUGGUAAUCGCAAGCUCGAUGCCUUUUCCAAGAGGCAAACGCUUGCGCAGCACAGGAAAUCUCUUCCAAUCGCUUCUGUGGAUAAACGACUGGUUGAGGAGGUUCAGAAGCACGAUACUUUGAUUAUUGUUGGUGAAACUGGAAGCGGAAAAACAACACAAUUACCUCAGUUUUUGUACAAUGCUGGAUUUUGCGGGGAUGGGAAACUCAUUGGGAUAACUCAACCUAGGCGUGUGGCUGCCGUGACUGUGGCAAAACGGGUUGCUGAGGAAUGUGGCGUAAAUUUGGGUGAAAAGGUUGGUUACUCCAUCAGAUUUGAGGACAUGACCUCUAGUUCGACAAGGAUCAAGUACAUGACAGAUGGAUUGCUACUGAGGGAGGCACUGUUGGAUCCACAUCUCUCUAGGUAUUCAGUCAUAAUUGUUGAUGAAGCUCAUGAGAGAACUGUCCACACUGAUGUGUUGCUAGGCUUGCUAAAAAGUGUACAAGAUGCAAGGUCAAAAUCCCUCAAUAACCUCCAAAAUACUAAAAACAAGAAAACAAAUAAUGACAUACAAUUGAAAGAAAACGGUGCUCAGGGCCUCAAUUUUCUCAAGCAAUACCAAGGACGGACCCCGUUGAAGUUAAUUAUCAUGUCUGCCAGCUUGGAUGCACGAAUCUUCUCUGAGUACUUCGGUGGUGCAAGAGCUGUUCACAUCCAAGGGCGGCAGUUUCCUGUGGAUAUAUUUUAUACUCUUCAUGUUGAAAAUGAUUAUCUAGAUGCUUCGUUAGCCACCAUAUUUCAGAUUCAUCUGGAGGAGGGCCCUGGUGAUAUACUUGUAUUCUUGACGGGUCAAGAAGAAAUCGAAUCUGUAGAAAGACUUGUCAAAGACAGACUUAAACAGUUACCAGAAAACAGUAAAAAACUAGUGGCUGUUUCUAUAUUCUCAUCUCUUCCUUCAGAACAGCAAAUGCGAGUUUUUGCACCGGCCCCUCAUGGAUUUCGUAAGGUAAUAUUGGCAACAAAUAUUGCUGAGACAUCCGUGACAAUAUCUGGAAUAAAGUACGUUAUAGAUCCUGGGUUAGUAAAAGCACGUUACUAUGACCCGAACAAAGGGUUGGAAUCUUUGGUUGUUGUUCCAAUUUCAAAAGCACAAGCUCUUCAAAGGAGUGGGCGUGCAGGGCGAGAAGGACCAGGGAAAUGCUUCCGCCUCUACCAAGAGGAUCAAUUUGGGAAAUUUGAGGAUUCAACAAAGCCAGAGAUCAAGCGGUGCAACCUCUCUAAUAUCAUUUUGCAACUUAAGGCUCUGGGUGUUGAUGAUAUCAGUGGCUUUGACUUCAUAGAAAAGCCUACAAGGUCGGCUAUUGUCAAAUCACUAGAGCAAUUGUUCCUGCUGGGUGCUUUAACAGAUGACUGUAAAUUAUCAAAUCCCGUUGGACGCCAAAUGGCUUGCCUUCCCUUAGACCCAAUUUAUUCAAAAGCUCUAAUCCUAGCAAGUGAAUUCAAUUGCCUGGAAGAGAUGCUGAUAACUGUUGCAAUGCUCUCAGUAGAAUCUAUAUUUUAUACUCCCCGUGACAAAAAAGAAGAGUCGAGAACUACAAAGAAAUCCUUUGCAAGUUCAGAGGGAGACCAUCUCACUUUGGUUAAUGUAUAUAGAGCAUCCAAUGAGUUCUUGGAAAAGAGAUCAGGUCUUAGUAAAGAGAAGCGUGAAAAAGCUUUCCGAAAAUGGUGCAAGGAAAAUUUCAUUGAUAGUCGCUCCCUGAGGCAUGCUCGUGACAUUCACAGCCAAAUUCGACGAAAUGUUGAACAAUUGGGUCUUCGUGUUGCCUCUUGUGGUGACGACGUGAUUCAGUUUUGCAGAUGCCUUGCAGCUUCUUUCUUCCUCAAUGCAGCUUUAAAGCAGCCUGAGGGAUCAUACAGGGCUUUGGCAAACGGUGAGAUAGUUUCGAUCCACCCGUCUUCUGUGUUUUUCAAGAACAAACCAGAGUGCCUAAUUUUCAAUGAACUAGUCGAAACUAAUCGUAAAUACAUCCGCAACACAACUAGGAUCGAUUAUUUGUGGUUAACUGAGCUUGCUCCUCAAUUCUAUGCUGUGCAGAAUUGAAUGUAGUGCGGAGAGGUAUGAACAAGAUACUUUCCACCUUGGAUGUAAUGUCAUAUAACUUGUUUGAAAGCUCUACUGUCGUUCUCCUAUUUCGAUGCCUGAUCCUGACAUGCAACAAGGAGAGUGGUUAAAGGACUGGUGACCUUGAUGUCUGAUGCUGGCAUAACUAGUUACUGUUUAAUGUUGAGAGAAGUGACUUGAUGAUGUGAGUUACUCGAAAUAUGGACAUUGGUGACGAUGAUGUGUUUGAGGGUCCAUCUGUUGCCUGCAUGAACUGGAAGAUUUUUGAAAAGCUUUUUAAUCGUGUCCAGCCAUUGAUAUACACAACUAGGAGCAUUUGGAAGAAGAAAAUCCUGUAAUGGCUUCACGAUUGCAAUACGAAGUGAAGCACUGUUGCUUGUGUUUAGAAAACAAGCUGUUACAGCUAGGCAUCUAAACUAACAAAAUCCAAGUUGGAUGCGGGUUAUUUUCUUUGGGAUUUCUACAUUGUUUCAGUGAGAAUACAAUUAACUGUUGAUGAUAUAGAUGGGUAAUGAUAUAACCUUGUACCAAGUCAGGAGGAAUAUGUACACUGAUAAAUCCAAUACAUUUAUCCUUUGUUAUGCAUCUUUUCUUUAAUAGAACUCUGUUAUCUUAUA